AUCUAUGAAGAGAAGGCAGUCCUCCUUAUCUUGAUUCUUCUCUAUCAGCAUUUCCCAAAAGAAGAACAACUGCUCUUCCGCCACCUUUUCCAUUACCUCCCAAAAAAGAACAGAUUUUUCCCUCUCUAGUCCAUCCACCACCAUAUGCAGAACUCACCCGAGAUCUACUUCUUCUUCUUCUUCUUCACCAUCUGUAUAUCAGUCAUACUUGAUGCGGUGGAAGCUCAAGGGAAAGCAGGGGUCCCAUAUGCCAAUUACCGUCCCAUCGGCCCUGGGGACAUCACCGGCAGGCACGUCACUGUGGGCACUUCACUCACCACCGACGAUACCUCCUCAUGGUUCUCCUCCUCCGGCCGCUUCGCCUUCGGAUUCUAUCAUGAAGACGAUGGCUUCUCCAUCGGCAUACGCCUCUUCGCUUCCCCUUCUGAAACCCUUGUUGUUUGGACAGCGAGGCCGGAGCUGAAGCGCUUUGCAAAAGAUGCCUUUUUGAACUUCACCGACAAGGGUCUGUUCGUCACACCGGAUCAAAAAGCAGAGUCCUUUCCUCUGUUCAACUUCUCCUCAACGGCCACCUCUGCCGCCAUGCUCGACAAUGGCAAUCUCGUCGUCUUCAACUCCAACUCCAGCACCUCUGAUAGUAAGUCUUGCCAAGCUUAUUCGAGUUGCAGCAGGACUGGGGUUAGAGAUGCUGCGAAGCCCUAUCUCUCGCCAAACAGGCCCUGCAGUGCAUAUUCGACGUGCAGAUCAUCUUCAGACAACAUGAUCUGGCGCAGCUUUGAUUUCCCCACCGACACGAUACUUGGAAGCCAGAGCUUGCACUGCGGCAAUAACCUCACCUCCUCCGCCGGCAAGACUGAUCACUCGAUUGGAAUCCACAUCCUAAACUUGCCCUGCGGCGGCGCUAAUCUGAUUUCUUACAGACGGAACUCCGCCGAGAAGACUUGGGACACCAGAAUAUCAGGCGAUGGUUGCCUUUCUCUCAACCUGGAUAGAUAUGGCCGCCUCUACAUAGACACUUCCGGCGGCAAUGAGAAGGAUCUUUCUGGUUAUAAACCCAAUACCAUCGCAAAUGACAUGCUUUACCGAGCAACGCUCGACUCAGAUAGCAUUUUCCGGCUCUACGCUCUUAGCCUCCAUGACAAUUUGACCAAGGUGGUUAACGAGAUUCCUUUUUAUAAGGACAAGUGUCAGGCCAAGGAUAUCUGCGGCGUCAACAGCUACUGCUUCCUCGCCAACAGUAAUGCGCAGUGCAGCUGUAUGCCUGGAUUCGAGUACAUAAAUCCGAACUCACAAUUCGCUGGAUGCCGGAGAAACAGAACGGUUCCAAGCUGCUGCCACGCGGCCGCCAUUGUUUCAAUGGAGGCGGUGGAUAACAUAGUGGGAAUGGAGGAUUUUGCUUACAGUAUAGUCGACACGGAGAGCCAGGAAAAGUGUAGCAAUGUUUGCCUCAGCGACUGCAGCUGCGACGCAGCGUCCUACAUUGAUCAGAAGUGUUUGAAGCUUAAGCUUCCGCUGACAAGCGGAAGGAAAGAUGUCAACUUUCAUAGCAUAGCGUUAAUGAAGUUGGCCGGCGCCGGAGGAGACGAAGUAGCUCCGGCGGGGCAGAAUAGAAAACGAGAGAUUUGCUACGCAGCUAUUUUUAUCUCCGCGGCUGUGGCCAUCUCUGCUUGUAUAACUGCAAUAGCGGCGUUCAUGACGGCUUACUGGUUUCUGUUCGGGAGGUAUCGAGAAGAAUGGCGCAAAUGGGAGCUUGCAUUAACAGAGGAGAUAGCUCCCCGAUACUUUUCGUACCAAGAGCUCCUCAGAGGGUCGAAUGAACCGGAGCGGCAACUGGGAAGAGGGGCACACGGAACGGUACACAGAGCUGACUUGCAGAUCGGCGACCAGACUAUCGUUGUAGCGGUGAAGAAGCUCCACGGGGCGGAGAUGGAAGGAGAAAGAGAGUUCCAAGCAGAAAUGAGGCUCAUUGGGAGAGCUCACCAUGCAAACCUCGUUCGCCUGCUCGGAUUCUGCCAUGACGGCCCCAACCAGCUCAUAGUCUAUGAAUUGAUGUCAAGGGGUCCGCUUUCGAAACACAUCUUCGUGAGCAGGAAUCAGAGAUUGUGCUGGGAGCGGCGGGUGGCGAUCCUGCUCGAUGCUGCCCGUGGGAUACAAUAUCUGCAUUGCGAUUGUGAAACGAAGAUCAUUCACCGAGAUAUAAAACCAGAGAACAUUCUCAUCUCCGAGGACUGGAGAGCCAAGAUUGCAGAUUUCGGCCUGGCAAAGCUGCUUGAUAGGAACCAAAGCAGGGUGGCGACGCGGACAUUGGCUGCAGGGACAGAGGGGUACGUGGCGCCGGAGUGUGAGCGGGAGGUUGAUGGGACAGAGGAAGCUCUGGUGACGGAGAAGGUAGACGUUUAUAGCUAUGGAAUUGUGGUUUUGGAGACGAUUUGCAGCAGGAGGAACAGGGAGGUCAAGCCGUCGCUUUGUGAGUUGGUGCGGAAGAGCUGCGAGGAGGGUGAGUUGUGGAAGCUGGUUGAAGGAGAGCAAGUAGAAGCAUUUCAGGUUGAGAAACUUGUGAAAGUGGGUUUGUUGUGCGUUCAGGAGGAUCCCAACGAGCGGCCAAUAAUGGAGGUUGUGGUGAUGAUGCUGGAGGGAUACGUUGACGUUCCAACUUCGGCGGUGAAUCGUAAUUAAAAAGGAAAGUGUUACCAUUUUUGUAUGCUGUAUAGUUUAAUAAUCUUUAGGGAAAGCUAAUACAAAUUUGCAUCUUCCACCAUCAGCAAAUUUAGUUGAACUUUCCUAGUUCUGACCUAAUGUGGAAUUCAUACUCAACAGUGCGUGAUCAUUUAUUGCUCAAUCUAUUGUCAA